AUGCAGCGGCGGAAGCCAAUUCGCCGUCAAAGAACGGUUCUCGACGACGACCAGACCAAGGAUGCAAUGAAGGUCUUUUUUAAGGGUUGGGGCUUUUAAUUUAUUAUUUGGCAGGUACUGGAAAAAUAUGUUAGAAAGCGAUACAGACAUUCGACGUUGUUAACUAGCGAUUUCGACGAACCAACUUCUCCAAUCGGUCAUACGCAGUCUGCUUAUCAAUUCUCCAGGUUUGCAUUUCUUGCAUUUCUGAUUCUUCCAAGUCCUAUAUCAAAUGUAUUUUAUUCUCAUUUCUGACGGUUCUGUUCCUUGAUUGAUCUAUCAAGUGUUGAUGUUUCUUGUCCAGUGCUAUGAUUUUUUUUGCCAACGUUUUCUUAUCGAAGGGCUUGCGAGAAUCACAAUGGAGUUCAAAAAACACUGAAAAACAUAAUGAAAAGAGAAGCGCGUCCGAUUUUCCAGAAAUCUCUCGAAUGAUCUUUUUGAAGGCUUCUGAAGAAACCAGCAAAUUUUCAGAAAUCUUUCGGAGAUCUUUCCGAUUUUCUUAGGGCUCAUUUUAAAUUGAUUUAACGUGAAAUUCAUUUGCAAAGAAAAAAAAAUUCAUUUCCAUGUUCCUUCUCUUAAUUCUUCCAUCACCUUUUUACAAAAUUGCAGGCAGUAUACUAAUAAUGACCGGCUAUCCACAGCUUUCGCUUCCACUCCCGUUGGACCAUCGUCGGAAAAUUUUGCUCCUAUCUCGCCGGCUUUUCAUGAACAUUCAGUAAAAGAAGAAAUCAAGUUCGUCUGCUUUUUUUCUUCUAUAAUCUGUGUGGAGUUUCAGACUGAAAGAAAGAGAAACAUGGGCUUCUUACUUUUUACGUAUUCUUCGGUUUUUCUACAGUUAUUUGGGUCGGUUCAUUUAUUCAGACAUUUUCGUGAAAAUUCAAAAUCUAAUUAAUUUUGAAGCUCGUGACGGUUUUUUUGAAAAUUUCAUUAUAGGUAUGCGUUAUUUAUUACUGGUUAUGCUGGUCAUUGGUUAUGCCUUAUUGGGUGGUUUGAUUUUCAUGCGGUUAGAAGAAAAGCCGCAGCUCGAUGAAUUCGAAGCUAAAGAAAGGGUGAGAUUUCUCUUUGAAAAAAAGGCCUACUUUUGGCACUUUUUCAGCUCUUGAUCGAAACUUCGAAAGAUACGGCUGCUAUGAUCGCAAGACAUAUUGUCACUUCUGGGUGCUCUGUCAGUUGCUUUCUGGUUGCAAAACUGUUUUUUCUCGUUUUCAGAAUAAUACAAACAGUUCGAAAUGCGUACAAAUAAUUUCUCACAUUUUGGUAACAAGAUCUCAUGAACUCAAACUUUGCGGUGCUGAAGGAUGGCGUUGGGAGUUUUGGAAUGCCGUUUUUUAUGCUGGGACUGUUUUCACCACAAUUGGUUGAGAAAAUAAGAUAAACUUAACUCUUUUUAUUUUUAGGUUAUGGUAAUCUUACUUGUAAAACAGACGCUGGGCGGAUUGCUACAAUUUUGUAUGGUCUAGUCGGCAUCCCACUGAUGUUGGUGGUGCUCAAAAUAAUUGGAGAAGCCUCGAUUGUCAAAGCUCACGUUGUUUGGUCCGUCGUGUCUACGUCAGUUUUCACUUUUUGGUGUUUUUCUUAUAGCUGAACAAAGUUAUUCAGAAAGGUGUUCAAUGGGUACGAGUCCUUCAAGAAAAAGUAUCUGACCGACAACAGACUCUCUUCCGAUUUGGCCAAUGCAAAUGAGGCUGAGGCAGGAAAAGCAGAAAACGAAACCACGGUAUAUAAGAAAAAAUGGAAGUUUUAUUCAAACUAUCGAAACUUCAGGAUGAUCAGUUCACUAGUCUACCAGUAAUAGCCGCUCUGUUCAUCCUUUUUGGAUUUAUGGUAGCCUGUUCUGUUUUAGUCUCCCUUUGGGAGAACUGGGAUUUUCUCACUGCUUUCUACUUCUUCUUCGUUUCUCUCAGCACAAUCGGCUUUGGUGACGUCAUUCCAGAGCAUCCUAGAAAUGCUUGCGGUAAGCUCGAUUCUCUGAACUUCGACUCAUGUUUUUUUCAGGUCUUUUCGCUCUUUAUUUUAUCGGACUGGCGUUGUUUUCAAUGGUUUACGCCAUACUACAGGUUUUCGAACAUGCCAUUCUUUAGCAAAUUCUUAAAAAAUUCAGAUCGAGCUUUUGUUUACUAUGACUUGAAUUUUUUCUAAGCUAAAAGCAUGAAAAAGGCCAGGAGUGCUUCAGAUCUUCUUUAAUGUUCAAUUUUGAGGAACGUGUGGAAAACAAGUACAUGUGGGCUUUGGAGCUGAUUGAUCAAGAAUAUCAACAAUCGCAAGAAAAAGAAGAGCCCGAAGAAGAGAUCAUAGAAGUUUCGGAUAUUGACGAAGCACAUGAGUACCCUGAAAAACCAAAAUGUAAAUGUUUUGAAACAAAGCUGCCAAGAAAUUAUUUUUCAGACUCACCAACACAGAAAAAAGCCUUACCACCACCUGUGAAAUGGCGCAAUAAAGUAUUCAAAAGUAUGGAACAUUUGAAUUUACAAGUUCCAGACCGACCUACCAGCGAGAGAUUCAUCAGUGGUAGGCGCAAAAUAUGAUUUGAUUAUCCUAAUUUCACUCAGAAGCUGUUCUACUUCCUGAAGAACCACAGCCUCCUCUAGUUCUUGGAGUUUACCAGAACAUGUCCAUUAAAAAGAAGUUCCAGGCUCGUUCUGAAAGUGUUCUGAGUAAAGGGACGAUGAGGUAGUUUAAUUUUGACUUUCAUAUGAAAAAAAAUACGGUUCCAGGUCGAAAUAUGCGAGUUCGCACAAUACAAGCACUGAAGUCCUUACCCCAACCGAAGAAAGAUUGAGGUAAACUUUGCAAUAAAGUUUUGCCAGUUUCCCGAAGCUGACAAAUAAAUUAUGUUUUUACAGUUCCCCGUUCCGAGCAGCGUCUGCAGUUGAAGGCAGCCCUCAAGCUAACCGAGCUUCCAUUGGAGUGAGAAACACUGGAGGAUCUGCGCCCAGUCUGACCGGCGCCGGCAAGCCGACUAGCCUGCUACUGUCCGUGAUAACAGAAGCGAGCGACGAAGACGUCAAGCAUUACAAGAAGAACCCUCGCGGCAGCAGAUUGGUGCGGACACAAGCCACGGACCAAACGAGCCUCCGAACGAGCAACGACUCUCUCGACUCUUCGAAGAACACAGAGCCGCCCAUUGAAGAGUCCCCAGAAGACUGGAGAGCAAAUCUUACGCUUGGCUCGUUGCCAACAAAACCCCAAAGACUUUCUCCGCAUGACAUCCGAUUCUCUUCGGUUUCUGAACAACAAUUCCUCUCACCUAGGACACCUGGAUCCUCUGGAAGGCUCAGCGAAGUCUUGACUGAGGAGGAUGAGCCCGAAGAAGAGGAAUGGCUGAAGGAUUGA